UCAGCUAAAGUCUCAUUCUGUCUCUUUUCUCUCUGAAAUGGAGAUGUUGUUCUUCACAGUGUUUAUACUCCUUGUGGAGGUUCAGUCUUACAAGUCUCCUACUGUAAGAGUAUCUCCAGAUCUCAUAAGAGAGUCCAGCUCAGUGAAGAUCAGCUGUGAGACGCCAGGAAAAGUUCCAGUGGAUAUGUGUUAUUACUACACAAACAGAGAAGAGAAGAAUAUAAAAAUCAGUUGGAGAUGUGAGCUGGAUCUCACUGGUGCUGAACUGAUCAGAUGGGCAGCUGUAACAUCACAUGGAUUAAUCAAUAUUUCCUGUUACUACACAGUGAAUGAUACAUCAUCAUCAUUACCUCAUUCUCCUCCUGCCACAGUAAAAGUUAUAGAGUCUCCUACUGUAAGAGUAUCUCCAGAUCUCAUAAGAGAGUCCAGCUCAGUGAAGAUCAGCUGUGAGACGCCAAAUGUUACAGUGAAUCAGUGUUAUUUCUACACAAACAGAGAAGAGAAGAAUAUAAAAACCAGUUGGAGAUGUGAGCUGGAUCUCACUGGUGCUGAACUGAUCAGAUGGGCAGAUGUAACAUCACAUGGAUUAAUCAACAUUUACUGUUACUACAUAAGACUGAGAAAUGAUACUUCAUCAUCACCUCAUUCUCCUCAUGCCACAGUGAAAGUUAUGGUUUCACCAUCAACCAUCACUGAACAAACUACAACUACCAUGAUAACCUCCUCCUCCGCUCCGCCUGACUCAACCAGAAAGACUCAAACAUCUGUUCCUCACACUGGUCACACUCACUCUAAAGCCUCUUCCGCUCCGUCUGUCUCAACCAGAGAGACUCAAACAUCUGUUCCUCACACUGGUCACACUCACUCUGAAGACUCACGGCUUCAUUUCUGUCUGCACUCAUAGGAUUCAUCUCUCUGUGCCUCUUUACCAGUUCUGACGUCUCCUACCAGCUGGAAACAACAUCGCUUU